AUGCACCUACACGACCGCUACCAUUUACAAGACUUUUUACCACCUCGUACAACCAUAGAUCCUGAUCGUUCAGACAUUCUAAUUCACUCGGAACUACGCGCCAAUUUACAAUCAGCCACAUUAAAACUUAAGUGGAAAGAACGGCGGUUAUUGAGCUUCAAUGUACUGACCUACAAAGAUUUUCCAAACCUGGAAGAACAGGAUCAUGUGUACACUGGACAGGUCUCAGGUCCCAUAUACCCUGGAGAACUGGAUUUUCCCCAAUCAUCACGUCAGAAUCAAUCGGCUGCUAUUGGUGGCGCUGGCCAGGAGUCGCUCGUUACAGCUCAAACUAAUUGUCAUUCUAACAACGACGCUGCUGUACGACAGGCCAAGAAAGAGGAUUCUCACCUUACUCUCUCUUGUGGUGAGGCUCAGGUCUAUGGACAAGCACAUGUCCCUCGGCCUACGUUAAUGGGCACCGAAAAGUUUGGUGAUAAUAGCAGUAUCCUCGGCUACAACUAUUAUUUGAAAGAACAAAAAUAUGCUACACAAUGCCUGAAUGAGAAUGAAAAUUACGACGCAGUGCCUACAGGCAGGCAGCAGAAGUUGGCUGUCUGGAAUCGCAGUACGCAAGGGCUUCCUCAAAAAGGAGCGAAACACCCAAAUUCUGGGAGGCUGAUGAAGGUAAGUUCUAUUAUGUUAAUUGCGAAUAAAAACUGGGUUUCGAUGAAUCUUCUUUCAUGUGGAUACUUUAAUGAAAUUGCAUGA